AAGAAUCCUACACCCCUUAUUUCACUUCCCCUGCGAUCUGAGCGGAGGAGGCCACAUCUGUUCUUCGAGUUUUCUUUAGAAAGCCGUUAAUAAUCCCUAGUAAAUAUUAUACACUUUCUAACAAUACUACUCAUAUUUGAAUUUAAAAUUACAGAUGAAUUUCUUUAUAGAACUUUAUAGAAAGUUAUAUAUAACUUCAUCUUUAUCGAACGCUAAGAAUGUUUGAUGCGACUUCGAUCUGGCAAACUCGAACGACUGAAAACUGAAAAGACGACCAUUUAGCUGGACGCAGGCUCAUGAAAAGCGAAGCGACGAGAGACUUACACUGUGCCACGAGAGCACUUCUCCACUGCUUGUGCUUUUUCCGAUAAAGACCACAUGACCCUAUGAGUUUCAUCCUGUGACUGAAACAUCCGCACCGGACACCACGAUGGCCUGCUUUGAAAGUUGCACUGAGACAAAAGAAAAGUAAACUUCUUGAUCUGUGUAUGAACUAUUAAUCGUGAAUUAAGAUACCGUUGAUAUUCAUUGUGUGGCACAAUUCUCACCCCACAAUGAAAACUUUUGCGUCACUUCUUCUCCCUUGAGGACUUCUAACCCGGACUCCUAUUAGAAAAAAGAAGCACAACUUCUCACAGCAGCAGCAUGAUGAAUGGGAUGACUGGGACAUCUGUGAAGUGCGUACUCGUCGGCGACUGUGCUGUGGGCAAAACGGCACUGCUGGUGCGCUUCACCUCUGAGACAUUCCCUGACAGCUACAGGCCCACCGUCUACGAAAACACCGGUGUGGAUGUCUUCAUGGAUGGCGUCCAGAUUAGCUUGGGUUUAUGGGACACGGCCGGGAACGACACGUUCCGCCAGAUCCGCCCUAUGUCCUACCAGCAAGCUGAUGUAGUCCUGCUGUGCUACUCAGUGGCAAACCCCUCCACACUGGCCAGUAUCCAACAGAAGUGGAUAGCAGAGGUGCGAGAAUAUCUGCCUCGUGUGCCUGUCCUGGUUGUGGGCACUCAGACAGACCACAGGGAAAUGGGACCAUAUCGUGACCGCUGCACCACAGCAUCAGAAGGCAAGAAGGUGGCUCAUGAAAUUCGAGCUAAAGGGUACCUAGAAUGCUCUGCACUCCUUAAUCGUGGCAUUCAGCAAGUGUUCGAGUGUGCUGUACGCACGGCUGUCAACCAGGCGCGCAAGCGAACACGACGGAGACUCUUUGAUCUGAAUCCAUGCCACAUCUCUUGAGGACCAACUAAAAUCUGCUUCAACUAAGAGUUACUCAAACUCAGGCCGUCCAUUUUAUUGGUACACCAUCGUAUUGAUUCUGUAUGACUUUACAGUAGUAGAUUAAUAAGGGAUCCAAGGUUCUCAAAGUGGGCUCCAGGGUCCUCCAGGGGGCCGUGAAGCACGGGCAGGAAGUCUAUGAUUUAAAAAAAUAUGUUACAGUGGUGCAAAUCACAUCAUUAUCAAAUUUAUUGCAUUUAUUGUGAUGUUUGUUUAUAUAUAUAUAUAUAUAUAUAUAUAUAUAUAUAUAUAUAUAUAUACAUAUAUAUAUAUAUAUAGUUACUAGCUUGUUUGACUUGUCACGAGUCGAAUGAGUUUAAUCCAAACCUACAGAUCACAAAAUCAAGUAGGACUAUUUAAUCUAACAAUAACAUUUUAAAAGUGAAAAAAAUAAAAAAAUAAUAAAAUGUGUUUUAUUUGUGGAAGUUUCAGGAAUAAUAUGCUCACGGUUUAAUUUUUUUUCACAGUUAAAGAGGUCUCUGAAUAUUUUAAAAGAACCUGUCUUAGAUCUCAAUCCCAAUCAAGACAUUUUAGCGGAUACAACUCUAUAAAAGUAGUUCAAUCGAUUGCGCCAAAAACGCUUCAACGUCAGUCUGUAGCAAAUCUCUCUGUCUCUACCUGGCGCUCAGACCUACUGGUAAACCUUUUACCAAAUGUCUUUCGGCGAGGCAUUUAUUUGAUAUGAUGAAUAGUAUUUAUUUGAUAUGAUUUCACAGUAGAAAUCCAAUCAUCCAGUAUGGAGUUGACUAUAGAAUUCUAUUGUAUUUUGUUCUAAUGUUUAAUAUACUGUUCUUCCUAAACAUUUUAUCCUAUGUUGUUGUUGUUUUUUUUAAUCUCUUCACCAUCAAAGAACAAAUUUUGUCUCUUAGAAGGAAUAGAAUUUUUCUUUUUUUUUUACCACAAAAACAUACAACCUAACAUUAUAUAUUAUAUAAUAUGGCUUUUAUAUAUAAAAUGUAAAGGCUAUAAAGGUUUUUCAGACUUCUACCAGACACUUGUGCAGACACUAGUAAUGUGUAGUUUAUUUGCAGAGCAUAGAAAGACGUUUGAGUGUUUUAUGCUGGACAAAACGGUUAAUCAUAUCAUGAUCACCAGGCGUGAGGGUUUGCAUUUUUUGGAUUAAUUGAUGUUAAACUAUGUACUGAUGCGAGCUUUUGUAUAUUUGCGAGAUUUGUUGUAGACUGUACUUUACUUUUCACACUUUUAUUUGGAAUCGCCUAAAUGCAAAAAUGGUCAGUAUUUUUGCUCUCAUAGGACUCAGUUCUGUCAUUGCGAUCGCAGUGCUAAAACGGAGUGAUUACGGGGGUCUUAACAUGUUUCUCACUGCCCUCACCCUUCUUUUGUCACAUUUAAUUAUCACAAUAUCCUAAACAAAAGUGUUUGCAUCAUUCAGUCCCGUUUAUUCUUCGUUAUAUUCUUAUACACCGCUAUUAGCGAAACGACCAUGUUAACUUAUUAGUCAAACUUAUCAUGCGGUUAGUAGUCCUAGCAUUUUUCUUGUAUAUCUGAUCAUCUUUAGAUUGAUCAGAAAUAUCAUGUGAACAUUGUGACGACUGUCAAGGUGCAACAAAUAAACAGUGACACAAAA